CCCCGGGUACAGCCCCCCCCGCCGCUCUCGGAAGUGCUCGGUGACCCAGGGCGGGGCUGGCUCCAUGCCAGGCGGUGUGUCCCCGGUUUUCAGCAGUCGAGCUCGGUUCGUGCUCCCGGUGCCCUGCAUGUGAGGCGGGAAGAUGGCGGAUCUCCGUGCCAUGGGGCUGGCUGCGGCCGUCCUGGCUGCCUCGGGCGGGCUGGCACUGGCUGGCUGGGGGUAUCUCUGCAGGAGGAGGAGAGGGGAGAACAAGGACAUCGCACAAACAGAGGGACAGAACAGCCGGGUGAUCGCGCUCACUGAGACAGAACCAGAGACCCCAGACAUCUCCAAACCAGGGGAACUAGAGACCCCAGACAUCCCCAAACCAGGGAAACUAGAGACCCCAGACAUCCCCAAACCAGGGAAACUAGAGACCCCAGACAUUUCCAAACCAGGGAAACUAGAGACCCCAGACAUCUUCAAACCAGGGGAACUAGAGACCCCAGACAUCCCCAAACCAGGGAAACUAGAGACCCCAGACAUCCCCAAACCAGGGAAACUAGAGACCCCAGACAUCCCCAAACCAGGGGAACUAGAGACCCCAGACAUUCCCAAACCAGGGAAACUAGAGACCCCAGACAUCCCCAAACCAGGGGAACUAGAGACCCCAGACAUUCCCAAACCAGGGAAACUAGAGACCCCAGACAUCUCCAAACCAGGGAAACUAGAGACCCCAGACAUUCCCAAACCAGGGAAACUAGAGACCCCAGACAUUCCCAAACCAGGGAAACUAGAGACCCCAGACAUCCCCAAACCAGGGGAACUAGAGACCCCAGACAUCUCCAAACCAGGGGAACUAGAGACCCCAGACAUCUCCAAACCAGGGGAACUAGAGACCCCAGACAUCUCCAAACCAGGAGAACUAGAGACCACAGACAUCCCAAAAUCCAAGGAAGUUGAGAAUCAGGAGAUCGCACAAACCAAAGAAAAAGAGGUCCCAGACAUCCCAAAAUCCAAGGAACUGGAGACCCAGAAGAUUUUACAAAGCGAGGAUUUAGAGAUUCCUACUGAAAAUCAGAGCUAUGACAGCUUUCAUGAGUCUGCCGCUUCCACCCAGCACCAGGUAACCAUAUUGAUAGUGACCAUCUGCAAUGUCCUGCCAGUCUUACAGUUCAUCCUGUUAUAUGUUAGAGCACAGCCUUGGAUAAUGCAUGUUACAAUGUGGUGAGAUGUAUCAAAGUUUCCCGCCCUGAAAAGUGGUGCAACGUUCGAAGUGUGUCUGUCACCAUGGAAACCUGAGGAUUCAUCCCAGGGCUUUCAUUGGUCACUACUCCUGGAUCUCAACUUUGCACCAGAUUUCAGCACAGGCUAAUAUAACUCCUCUUCAAUGUCCUCUUUUACAAUGUACCGAAAAAAUUAUAAUCGUAUUACUUUAUAAAUUGCUCUAUUGUUAUUUGGCUUGAUGGAUGCUAAAGCAGAAUCAAAGUAGGUGCAGACUUGAAUGGAGUGUGAAGAAUUUGAGUUUCUCUUUUAACAAUACUUGUAAACUGUUUAUUGUGACUGUUUAGAUUUAUGACCAUCUCCCUCUGAAACACUGGGUGUGGGUUGAAACAGUUUCAACAGGUAUAUGCAUGUUACACUUCACCUCCACUUGCUCAAAAUGCAUAGAACUAUAAAACACAUUGUUUUAUAUUAGUUGAAGAGAGCACUCUGAUUGGGUGGCUUGAAAUCCAUCCAAUCAGAGUGCUCUGUGUCAUUUUACACAGUAGGAAAGUUCUUUGGAAUUUCCCCACACUGUGUAAAAUGACAAAGAGCACUCUGAUUGGCUUAAACCAACCAAUCAGAGUGUUCUUAGCCUAAUUGCAGGGCGGGGCAAGGCUUUAUAAACCUUCCCCACCCUGCAGAGCCCAGUCUGCGCGGAGCCCUCCAUGGGUGAAGAUGCGUUUUUGGGUUUUUUUCGCUCUGGUUUUUUUCUUUUUCGUCAGUGUUUUUCUUUUUUGCGCUCGUGUUUUUUUAUUUCAUUUUGAGUUCGACAGGUAUGAUGGUUUUUUAUUUGGCCUUUUUUGGGGCUGAAAAAUGAAGAUUUUAGAAAAAAAGAUGUCAAUUGGUAAGUUGAAUUUUUCUUUACAGGUUAGUUAUUUUAUUCCCCCCUCACUAUUUUUAGUGUGAGGGGGGUAGGUAGGGGAUAGUUUUAUCUGGGUGGGGGGAUGGGUGACUAUGAACUUGGGACCCCUAGUCACCUUGAUUGGGGGUGAGUGAAUUUUCAUUUAGGGCCCCCACCCGCCACUCAGUAAAAUGCUUAAGUGCUUUCGGAAGUCUCCAUUAUUUCUGUAUAUACAGUUCCAGGCUACCUGCACCUCUCAUUGUAGUCCUUCUGCAGAUCAGAGAGGAUGCUAGGUUUACUGUAGUUACUGUGUACAGACACUCCUCACUUACCGACCAGGUUCCGUUCUUACAACCUGGUAGUAAAACGAAUUGUUCAGUGAGUGAGGAUGCGCAAGGUAGCAGGAAUUUCCCCGAACAUAGAUCAGUUCACUAGCGCAGGGAAUCCCACAAAUCUAUGUUCGGAAAAACUUUCCUGAACAUAUACUAGCUCUCUAAAGUGGGAAAUCCCUUGAAUCCCCACGCUAGAGAGCUGGUUGUAAGUGAGCACGGUUGUAAAACAGGUAGGUCAUAAAGUGAGGACCAUCUGUACCUGUUAGGCUAGCACAAGGUGUACAUGAAUCAUGCCAUUUUAUUCCUGAGAAGAGUCCUUUUGGCACUGUUGUGUUUGGAAGUACAUGGGGUACUUUACUUUAAGAGUUAAUUUGGUGCCACACUGUUAUGGAUAACAUCUUUUGAAUAUUGUCCUUUAAUGUCAAUGGUUUAAAUAACCCCCCACAAGAGGCGAUUAGCCUUCUUAGAAAUGCAAAAGGCUAAGGCAGCUAUUGUCUGCCUUCAGGAGACCCAUUUCUGUGCUUAAACACACCUGGUCCGACCAUGCACCACUUAUUGUUGCCUUCAGUUCACAAUAUCCUGCCCGUGGCAGGGGUAAGUGGAGAUUGAAUGAGGCAUUGUUGGAUGAUUCUAAGUAUAUGGCGGAGAUACAGACAGAGGUUCUUAAUUAUUUCACGGAAAACACUCACGAAAACACCACGGUGGUUAUCAGAUGGCUGGCCCAUAAAGUCGUAUUAAGCCGAGUUUUGAUUAAAUUGUCUCUCAAAAAAAUAGGAAGGUUGACACAACUCGAUCACGGCUCCGCCAGGAAUUGAGCACAUUAGACGCACAAAACAAUCAAUCCCCCUCUACAGUUUUAAAUAACAGAAUGACUAAACUUAAACAGGAACUGGAUUCAUUAGCAGUUAGACAGACUGAAAACCACUUAAGAGCCCUUAAACUUGCGCAUUAUAUGCAUGGUAAUAAAGCUGGAAAAUUGCUAGCUAGAAAAUUAAAUUAAAAAAAUAUAUCAACAAUCUAAAAUUCCCUACUUAAAUUCAACUAUAAAUUCUAAGUUAUUUAAUCCAAAUGAUAUUGUAGAGGAAUUGGCGAGAUAUUACACCACACUUUAUAAUUUAAAAGAUGAUAUGUCCUUACAUGAACCUUCUAGCAUGGAAAUUGAAAAAUGUAUCGGGUAAAUAUACCUGCCUAGCAUUACAUCAGAUCAAUGCAAAUUAAUUGGUGAACCAUUUACUGAAGAGGAGGUUAGGUUAGCAAUUAAAUCACUUGCUAAGCAUAAAGCCCCCGGACCGGAUGGGAUUCCAAAUUAUUAUUCUAUUGUAUUAGAGUCUGCCCUUACAACCUAUCUUACGGCUUUAUUUAGAGAUAUUAAAAAUAGGGGUAUUAUUCCAUCAGAGAUGCUUGAAGCACAUAUUGUUACACUUCCUAAACGAGGGAAAGAUCUGACAGAAUGCGCUAAUUUAAGACCCAUCUCCGUUAAUGUGGAUGCUGAAUUAUAUGCAAAGUUAUUGGCUGCACAUAUAAAGCCACUACUUAUAGAUUUGAUAUCAGAGCAACAAACUGGUUUUGUGCCCGGUAGACAAAUAGGUGAUAACACAAGACAUUUCAUUAAUAUGGUAAACUGGGCAUGGAACAUACGACAAAAGGUGUGCUGCUUCCAUUAGAUGCUGAGAAAGCAUUUGACCGUUUAAAUUGGUCAUAUAUGAGCAGCACUUUAUUUAAAAUGGGCUUUUCCUCUAAAUUCUUAAAUAGCAUUCUAGCUCUUUAUACCAACCCUUUCACAGAAAAUGUAAUACUGUCUUUUUGUCUCAAGCUUUUAACAUCUCUAAUGGAACACGAUAAGGCUGCCUGCUCUCGCCGAUUAUUUUCAUUUUUAAUCUAGAACCAUUAGCUAGAUAUAUUAAACAAAACCCAAAUUAGUGCUUUUUGCUGGGGAUACCUAAUAUAAUGAUGUAUUGUAAGGCAUCAUUACUGACACCAAGCUUGGCAGUUUUAUCAGUAUCUAAUAAACCUAUCUGGGUUAAAAUGGAGGAAGCAUGUAUGCUCCCACAUAGCCUAGACAGGUCACUGUGGUCAUCGGAGAUGCCCAAGGGAACUAAAUACAAUAUAUGGCCAUCUACCAAGGUUAUGCUUCAAUAUAAGAAACAAUGGGCACAAAAAUUAUUGGGGACUACCAAAAUUCUCGCUAUGGCUCCGCUUAAGGUAUUAUCCGAAUUUACAUCGGAUUUAGACCUUACAAUUUGGAUCACAUGUGGAAUCCUCAGGGUCAAUAAACUCUAUACAUCCUCAGGGAUUAAAAGCUUCCCAGAUAUUCAAACGGAAUUUAUGCUACCCAUAAAAGAAAUGUAUACAUAUUUGCGUGUUAAAAAUGUUCUACAAUAAUACAAUAUUACUAAGUUAGAAUCUGGAACACUGCCCUCUUUGGGACGUAUAUGUACAGAUACUGGUCUAAAGCUUAAACUCCUCUCCAUGUGCUUUGAUGCCAUUAACGAUUUUUCAGACAAUUGGAAAUUUCCAUAUAUGCAGAAAUGGGAGAAGGAUGUGGGGGUCUUCAUUCCUAAGACAUUAUGGUUUAAAGAAAUAACAAACACGCCAAACCCAAAGGGGUUAGACAGAUACACGACAUUCCCAAGGGCAUAUGAUAUAUGACUGAUAAUAGGUGGUGAAAACAGACGAGUCCCCGCAGACGAAUACGAGCAACCCACAUGACCCGCACUACACCGGGACGCCUGGCGCACAAAACAGACGGACACAGGGAAAAGGCAGGGGGUUAGAAGGGGGCACAGAGGCUAAAAUAUGAGAUUGUAACACCUACAUACUCCCUUCACCCUCCAAUUGAGACGCAGGGAUCCGCAACAAGUCAAAAUUGAGUUCAACCAUCAAUGCACGAACACACCCAGCCACCUAAUAAACUAUGUUUAAGGGGAUGUUUUAUGGGGGGAGCAACCUGAAAAAAGUACCCGCUCGGAUCUAUGUAUCUUGAAGCGUUAUGAACCUUAGAGCGUUAUUUAAACACUACUUUUUCCUUUCUUUCUGUAUCACCUAAUGUUUUGAAAAAUAAUCUAAUAAACAAAGAUUGACAAAAAAAUAAAAAAAGCAAUAAUAAUGACGAUGAAAUCAUCAAGUAGCAUUUCUUACUGGGAAGCGUACUGUAAGCUGACUAUGAGAUAGUACAUGGUUCUCAUAUAUAUAUUAAUAUUAGUGUGGAUUUACCCCCAAAAUGUUAAAGAUGUGAUAGAGAGGAAGGCUUACUGCUGCAUGUCUUUUGGGCAUGCCCAAGUUUGGAUUAUUAUUGGAGGCAAAUUCAAUGGGUAAUUUACACAGCUUUGGGAAUAAAACUGAGUCUUGAGCCACAAAUGUAUAUUUUACAUGUAUUUCCCGAGGAAAUAGAGUUGCCAUAUUUUACAGUUAUAAUCCAUAUUCUCUUGGCUGCUAAAAUGAGCAUAGCAUAUAAAUGGGGGGAAAAAACUAGUGCCCCUACUAUUUAAGAGGUAUUCGAGAGUGGAGGUAACCUCUCAGUAUGAGAAAAUGGCAUAUCGGGUAAGGGGUAAGAUAAAAACUAUGAUAAAUAUUAGUGCAGAUGGCAAAGAAUUAAAGAUGAAUAUAUGGCACAUUAGUUCACCACCCCGUAUUUAUUAUUUAUGUUGUAAUAUAAAACCAUCUUACAAUUUAUACUUAAAUUUAAAUUGAAUGUUAAUAUUCAAAACUCUAUUAGAAUACUGAAGAUAAUUAUUCGUUAAUAGAUUGAUAUCAAAGUAGAGCUGUGUAUUAGCAUACAGAGGAUUUAUAAUGAUACACUGGUUGUGUAGAUUAAAUUAUUAUAAUUUUUUUUUCAGUUUAUAGGCCUGACUUCCAAAGGCUAAAUAAAUAGAUACCAGCUGAAUAGUUACCGAACAAUUAUGAACGAAUAUCUGAUUUAUGUUUAUGGAAAUUAAUGAGCUGUUAAAACAAUAACGGGUGAAACACAUAGAGUAUAAGGUUAUUAUUGCUUAAAACAAGUAUGUUGAUAAUUUUAUGGGUGAUCCGUUUAUUGUUCUAAAUAAUAGCUUUGAAAUAUAAAGGGGUAUUGUAAACGAACAUGCUGCAUAUUGAAUGGUUAUUAUAUUGUAAUGUAAUUUGUUCAUGUAUGGGUCUCAUGAAUUGGAAAGUUGUUGAUGAUGAUGAUGAUAUUAUUAUUAUUGUUAUUUUAUUUUAUUUUGCUUUGUAUGUGUAUUUGUCCUUAUAAAUAUGAAAAAGAAUAAAAAGAUAAUUACGAAAACCUACCUUUACCUUUCCCUAGCAACCCGUGGCUACCAAACCUACACCUGGUUUGUCACUUUCUGUGGUCUUUGCAAAAUAUAGCAAAUACAACUCAUACAGCCUGCAUGAAAAAAAUGGUUUAAUUUUCAAUCAGAUCUUAAAACUCAGUGCUCUUACUUAAAAAUUCUAAUCUCCUGCUUUGUUAUUGAACUUUUGUCAAACACAGCAUGCUAUUGCUCUAGAAGGAAUAAGUGCAAUAAGAGAAGUUUAAAAUUUAGAUCUUAUACAGGAAGUGUGUAGGAAAGCUAUGUGAGUCACAACCAAGGGAGGUGUGGCUAGGGCUGCAUAAAUACUGCAAAGUGUUUUUACUCCUCAAUGGCUAGUCAUUUCUGUACUCCAGAUGUGGUGGACUACAUCCCCCAUAAUGCUCUUACACCCAUAAUGCUGGCAAAGCAUCAUGGUAGGUGUAGUUUAAAACAUCUGGAGUGCCGAAGGUUGCCUAUGCCUGGUUUAGAGUCUUCUUGAGCACUCUCAGCCAAUGAUUGUGGUCCUGCAUCAGCUUGCACAGGGUUCAGCAGCCCUUUUCUGCAUGAGGGCUGAAUGCCAUGUUUGUAAAUGGUUGUAGGGUUGCCUUCAUAACAAUAGUAGAUAGCUCCCUCAAUUUAUUCCCUCAUUUUUUUUAUAUGGGACUGCCAUGUUUAACCCCUUCCUGACCAAGGAUGUAUCAGGUACGUCUGACAAAAAACGAUCCUUAAGGAUCGCGGACGUACUGGAUAUGUAUGCGGGGAAGCAACUCUAAUGGUAUUGCAGUGAUGCCUUGAUGUUGAGGCAUCGCUGCAAUACCCCCCUCACAGCCGGUGGCCCCCGGAGAACACCGGGUGAUCGCUCCCCCCAGAGCGAUCACUUCCGGGUUGCUCCACGUAGAGCCCGGCAGUGAGGCAGAGCAUCGGAAGUCAUCAGGCAGGGGGUCGAGGCACUCAGUAAUAAAAAAUAAAAAUAGUUAAAUAAUUAAAAAAUAAAUAAAAAUAACCCUUACCCUCCCCCCCCAUGUACUUACUGAUCGCCGCUGUUGUAUGUAUGUAUGUAUGUGUGUAUAUGUAUAUGUAUAUAUAUAUAUAUAUAUAUAUAUAUAUAUAUAUAUAUAUAUAUGUAUAUGUGUGUGUAUGUGUAUAUAUAUAUAUAUAUAAAACACAUCAUAAUAAGUGUAUUUUUAUUUAUAUACAUAUAUUAAUAUAAAAAUACACUUAGAGUAAAAGUGUGUAUGUAAUGAAUGCAGUGUUUUUGUGUAGUGUGUGUGUAUGUAAUGUUGUGUGUGUGUGUGUGUAUAUGUAAUGAAUGCAGAGUGUGUGUUUUAGGAUGUAUGUUAAGUGUGUAAAAUGGGGGGGGAGGCGGGGGCGCAUUUGAAUUUUUUUUUUAACUUUUAAUUUUUUUUAUUUUAAAUUAUGUUUUUGUCCCCCAGUUUGUUACCUGGCCGGGGGUAUAUGGCAUUCCCUGGUUGUCUGAUUGCAUGGACUGUGCAGUGGGGGGCCCAGAAAGCGCUUCCUUACCUUCCCAGCAGCUCCCUUCAGCUGUCUAGAGAGUUAGACAGUGGAGCUGAAGGGAGCUGCUGGGAAGGUAAGGAAGCGCUUGCUGGGCCCCCCAGGACCCUGAUGCCGGUUCUGGUCUGCAUCAUUGGCGAUACCGAUUAUUGCUGAAAAUACAGAAUAUCAGACGAUAAUAUCGGUUGAUCCCUAGUAAAUUACAUUGUCUGGCUUCAAAAAUGUCCCAAAUAGGACAUGGGUGCAUGAUGACCAGCUGUGAAAAUUCCAAGUUGGAAAACUGGAAUGCGCACCCUCCAAAUAAGGUCUUUUAGCCCCAAGAGAACCCAACACACCUAUACAUGGGUGGUAUCACUGUACUCAGGAGAUGUUGCUAAACACAUAUUGGGGUGUUAUUUGGCAGUAACCAAUAAAGUUCUCUGUACAUAUAUUCUUAAAUUGCUAUGUGUGUCAAAAAAAAUCACCUAUUAUUAUUAUUUUUUUUUAUUUGGCAUAGAUUGGUGGUAAAUUGGUUGCAUGAAAAGAGUCAAAAUACCCCAAGUUUAAUACCUUAGGUUGUCUUCUUUUAAAAAAUAUCUACAUGUGAAGGGUUAUUCAGGGAUUCCUGUCAGAUCUCAGUGUUACAAUGUAACUUGCUUUAAUUUUAAGGAAAAAAAAUGGUUUGGAAAUAGCAAAGUGCUACUUGUACUUAUAGCCCCAUAACUUUUCAAAAAAGCGAAGAACAUGUUAACAUUGGGCAUUUAGAAACUAUUUAGCACGGGUGUUUAUUGUAACAGAUUUUGAGGGUCAAAGUUAGAAAAGGUGUGUUUUAAAAAAAAUUUCAUAUUUUAUAAACAAAUGUAUAGUAAAUUAUAUGAUAUGAUGAAAAUAAUGGUAUCUUAAGAAAGACCAUUUAAUGGCGAGAAAAAUGGUAUAUAAUAUGUGUGAGUACAGUAAAUGAGUAAGAGGAAAAUUACAGCUAAACACAAACACCGCAGAAAUGUAAAAAGAGCCCUGGUCCUUAACGGUAAGAAAAUUGAAAAACGGUCUGGUCACUAAGGGGUUAAAGCAGCACUGUCAACCACCCCCUUCACCCCUUCCUAAAAAAAAUAAAAAAUAAAGAGUAUUUUAUAAAAAUGGAAUAUUUAUGAAAUACUCAUAUUGACUGUUGGAAUUUUGGAAUUUCACUGAAAUUCCAAUCCAGUCAAGAUAUAUACUUUGACAAAGUAGGGACAACUGUCUCUGUAUACUUCCUACGCCUGACACUUCUAGAUGGCAGUAGAUCUGCCCUGUGCCUACAAGUGUUAUUUUGCCAGUGAUCACUGCAAGGAAGUAGCUUCAUCUCUGGAGUGUCUCGCAGGAUCCUACAUAGACCUCAAUUUUGCAGCAAUGUCACUAUUGUUUACAGUGCCACUUUAAGGAUUGCAAAUCAGGGAGCUAUGUACCAAACAGCUAGAAGAAUAAAGAAAAUCUUUUCUUUACCAUUUUGAUCUUUCAGCCCUGUAGUAGAUAAUUCCCUGAUUAGAUGUGCUUAUGGAAGAUUCCCAUAUUUAAGGGGCUACUUCAACCACAUAUCUCCUAGCAUUGCAGAUAGACAAAAAGGGACACUUUAUGUGAGCAAAAUAAGGAUUGUCACUCUUAAAUAGGGACAACACUUGGGAUCUAUGCAACUACUAUGACAACUUUUGCUUUUAUUAGUAGAAAUCUGCAUGUGCAACAUUUCAACUUAAAAUGCUACAAAUACAGAAUUAUAUGCACCUUUGUACUUGGGUUAGUUGCACAUAUGACUAAGGCAGCCAACAACUCUGUUCCAAGCUACCUGAUGUCAAUUCUGUGCAAAAAUUACAUCUUUUGUGAGUGCACACAGCAUGCUGGCAACAGACGUAAUGAGCUUCUCCUUGCAGACAGUGUGCCUACAAAGGGAAAUUUUGUGUCCCCUCCCUCCACUUCAGGGCAUGCGGUGAAGCUGUGCAGGAAAAAAACACUCACAACCCAGUUUUCUUGCUGCUAUCUCCCACCCAAACAGUAUAUUUGGUCAGAGUAGCCAUUUGCCAUGCAGGUAGGCAGGUGCCUACUCUGCCAAGAGAGACCCACACAAAGCACAGGGAAGUGACAGCCACCCACAUUAAGCUCACCCUAGCCCCUGUUGAAGUUAUAUUCCUAUAAUUAUUUUUUUUGUCAUUUGCUGGCCUCAUAAGGUUCUCUGGCCUCUGCUUUUAAAGUGGCAUCCAAGUUCUCUUGCUUAAGAAAACUGGAUAUGUCACACGCAGUGCAGGGCAGAACCCAGGUAAAUUGCUAAAAGUUUGACUGGCACUCCUGACACCACUACAGCGGACUUUAUUUGUUAUGGUUCUUAGAGUGCAUCUAUAACAAACACUAAUUACUGGCCCUUGGGUUUUGUUUUUUUGUUUUUUUGUGAUAUAGUAUGCUGUAAAUUACACUGAUUUAAAAAAAUUAAAUUAAAAAAAAAUACAUUAUGUUAAAUAUGCAAAAAAUAGAAAUACAAUGUAUACAUUUCUUAAUAUAGAAUGGCUGUGCACCAGUCAUGGUCCUCUCAUUCUUGUGUAUGGGAUAUGUAGUUUAGCUGAUGGCCAUAGUUCCACUCACUCAUUGUAGAACUGCUGAAUCUGCUGAUGAUAGCCGUUCUACUGCUGCUAUCAUCUCGGUUCACAAUUUGUCUCCGUGUGUUUUCAUGUAUUUAUUUUGCCUAUCUCAACAGUAAUAAGACACUGGUUAUAAUUUUCACCAUACCAAUGCCCUUAAUGUCAUAAAGGUGCACCUCAGGCACCAUAGCCACUACAUCUUACUGAAGUAGCUACAGUGCCUAGAGCAUCUGGAUGCCAUCUCCCGUUUCUAUCUUAAGAAGCCUAGAUAAUGUAUUUUGGUGUGAUAUUCUAUUUUUUUUUAAGAAUAGCUUAGUUUGUUUACAGUUUAUUUAAAGGGCAUUUGGCAUUAUUCACCAAUAAUUACUUUAUAUUUCACCUUUUUCCUAUUGCUACAAUUUUGCUGUUCAUAUCCUGGAUUUGCAGUUUACACAAAGGUAUGUAAAGGUGUGUUGCUUGUGCGUCAAAGCUGGAUUAGGUUUAACUGCAUUAAGAGAAUCGCAUUAAUGGCGACUCUAAUUAAAUACAUUAGUCAACACACUCUUCUCACUUCUCAGUUUAUAUCUACUGCAUUAAAUAUUUACCAGUGGUGCAUUUUUGCCAUGAACCUACAAAACCAGGAACAGCAGCUUUCAUCCAAACAUGGACAAAAUACUAAAUAAGGUAAUGUUUUCCUUAAUAACAUUUUAAUAGGAACUUUGAGUGCCAUAAUUAGUAAUAUAUUUUUCAUUUAUUUUACACUUUCGGCUUUAAGUAUAUUAUUUUAGUCUCUAGGUAACUUAAAAAGGUAUAUAUAAUAUUCAUAUAUUUCUGAUUAACCUAGCAUAUAGAUGCAUGCCUAUAUAAUUCAUAUCUUUCUAUUAGUGUAUAAAGUAUUAUUGAAGAUUGAUGGCAUAUUAAAGGUGGUGAAAUAUAUAAACAUAGUAUAGGAUUAAAACAUGGGACUCCAAAGCUUUAAGAAGCUGUUAAGAUGCGCAUUGCCCCAGUAUUGUGUUUUAUUCUUGUGAGUACUUGAUGAGUGUACAGUUUUUAAAGGAACCCUUCAAGCACCAUAACCACUACAGUCUGCUUUAGUGGUUAUGGUGCCAGGAGUGCCCCGGCACUGUUCCACAGUGAGAUGUUAGAACAUUUAAACAUGUUUGACAACUUCACUGAUUUCCACCAGGUGCCCAUGCAGCAUUGCUUUGUUGAGCAGGUAAAGCUGGAUAGCUCUGUAGAACAAAGAAGGACCAUGUGGGGCCAUGCUCAUUGUCUGACAGCAUUCACCGAAUACUUUCAGCCAGUGAGCGCAGGCCUAUCGGCUGUGCUCUGUUUAACAGAUACAUCUGGAUUCUCCCGUUGGAGAAGACUGAAUGUGAUAUGGGUGCCCAGCAGGACCCAGGUAACUCACAAGUGGACAUAGUCUUCAAUUAGAGGGGCAAAUGGUUGACAUUUUUUUUCAGGAAGUAUUACUUUACAGAGAGGGUAGUGGACGCAUGGAAUAGCCUUCCAGCUGAAAUGGUAGAGGUUAACACAGUGAGGGAGUUUAAGCAUGCAUGGGAUAGGCAUACGUCUAUCCUAACUAUAAGAUAAGGCCAGGGACUAAUGAAAGUAUGUAGAAAAUUGGGCAGACUAGAUGGGCCAAAUUGUUCUUAUCUGCCGUCAUAUUCUAUGUUUCUAUGGGACGGCAGAGCUCUCCAUGACCAAUACAGCAGGUGCUAGUAGUUAUGGUGUUUGAAGUGAAUUAGGCAGAGAUGCUAGAAUAGAAUGCAGUCUGUUAUAUAUCUCCGAUAUGAAACUUCAAGACUGAACUUUUUUUCCAGUAGCCAAAGGGGUACCUUGACAACCUGUUUAGUGACAUUUCUUAAUUCCAUUUCUUAGUGUAUGGAUAUUAAUAAGAUUCUUAAAAAAAUCAUUGGUUUUAAAACUCAAGGUCAAAAUUAGGAGAAUCACCCAAAUUUCACUUCUUCUAAUGUAACAUGUAUUUUGUUACCAUUUUGACCCUCUUCAUUGUACCUUGAGGCUCUCACAAUAUGGCAAUUUUUGUUAUAAUUUGCUCAAUUGUAAUUUAUCCACAUGCAGGGAGCAGCAUGAUCACGUAGAGGUGGAACAAGACAGAGUGCAGGUGUUAAGCUAUAAAGUUGGUUCCAUGAAGAUGUGUAUGUCAGAAUAUUGUUAUACAGCUGCUGUGCCCAACGUGGUCUUAGCACAGUAAUAACACAACUAACCUCAUUUGUUUCUUUAUUUAUUUUGUGUGGUUAGUGCACUGAUUGAAAAUAUAUAUUGAAAUGUACAUGUAAACAGGGUAAUUAAAAAAAAAAUAAAAAAAUAACUAUUCUUUUCUAAUGCAUGGUGGCAAUAGUCGUCGUUCCCCCAGUGUAUAUUCACUUUGCAUUUCUUAAGCAUAGUCUUCGCUGUAUGCAGGCAAGUUGUGUUCAAGUACACCCUGAGAGCACAGCAGGGCCCGCAUAUGUUCCAUAAUUAGUACUAUUGCCAGCUUUUUAUUAUUUGAGUUUUCAAACUUUUAAUGUUUUAUCUGAUAUUUUUGUGGAGCAAGUCAAUUACAGUACUCUGACAUAGCAGCCAAAAUGUGAGAGAAUUUAUAAAAGCAUUUCUUGCCUCCAAUGUUCAGUUUAUGCGGAGCCCUCAUAUAUUAAAUUUUUAUUUUACUUUUUUCCAUAAUGGUUUGGACUUUUUUCAAAUGUUAAGUAUAAAAAUCUAUCCCCAAUCCACCACCACAAAGGGAGCAUCUUCUAAACAGAAGAAGAAAAUCCGGUUGAAUUUGCUCCUUUAAUACUAUAUCCUACUCAAAUACAGUUGUACUGCGAUCAUUUCUGCUUCAGUAGCAGAUGAUCCAACCCCAGAGAUCCAUCCCAUUGUUAUAUUGCUGCAGUCAAGGAAGAUUGCCCAAGGCAUUGUAUCAGAUUUCAGCUCAAUGCCUCUGGUUGCAUGAAGCAGUAGGUGGCCAUAUUGUGCUUUUAAUUUUCUGACUAUAUGCUGAUAAAUUGCUGUUUGGUUUUUAUUUUCUAUAGUCCAGUGAAGCACUAUAAGUGUUACGGCAUCUUUAUAUUUGUAACAACUUGUCUGAAAUAAAACUUUCAUGUUGGUGUACAUAACCACUGCUAUAGUGACCCGUUCAAUUUAAAUAUAAAAAUAGCCCAGCACACAGCAGGUGUCAUAAUUCUCCUAAUAUAAAAAAGGUACGUAUGGUACAAUCCAUCUCAUAGAGGGGUUUUCUGACCUGCAGGUUCACACACUCUGUGAUCGGCUCAGCUUUUCACAUUGAGAUUAUAGACAGGACUUAACCUUAAAGAAACACUCCAAACACCAUAACCAUUAGAGUCAUACUCCCUACAUAUAACCCUGCAAAGAAACUUGAGUUUAUUAGCUUCUCUUAUUGCACUGUGUGUUUAAUUUUGAAUUUCUUAUCCCCUGCUCUCUUGAUUGCUUACUAGAGCCUGCAGUGGUCUUCUGUGUCUGAUUAAAAAUCACUUGGGAGAUAAGAGAACAGGAGAUAAGAAUUUCUAAAGUAAACACACUGCUUUGUACAACUUUAGUAAAUAUGAAACUUUUUUUUAUGGAGGUUGUAUGAGUUGAUUAGUGUGGAGGCUAGUGCAUGAUUAGUGUGGAGGCUAGGCAUAGAGAUGCAUUGAGUUAGUGCGUGCAUUCAGAGUCUCCAUGCAGACAGUGAAAAUGGUGAACAAUGGUCCUGCAAUCUUUGCAAACCCUUGUCCAGGAAGUUCCUUAGGUGGCCAUCAGAGCCACUAGAAGUGGCAUAAGGCAGAAUGUAAACUCUUCCAUUUCUGAGAAAAGGCUGUUUUUACACUUUGGAGACAAUAUAUUUCUCCAGGACCACUACAUUAAGAUGUAGUGGUUCUGGUGCCUGUAGUGUCUCUUUAAUUGACUUGAACAAUAAUUCAUUGUUAAAGUUACCAAUCUUAAAGGUACUCUUUAUAUUAACUUUACAAAGAUGUGCGGGUCAGUUGGCCUGACAACGCUACAGUUUGGACAGGUAUUACAGCAGGUGUUUUAACGAGAGAGAGAGAAAAAGAAAGAUAUGUGUAAUAGAAACAUAUAUUAAAUUGUGUGCAUUUUAAUUCUUAUCUUAUCACUAUGAUCUUACAAAUUUAUAGUAGAGAGAUUUUUAUAAUUGUUGAAGGUGUAUGACUUGAGGUGUAGUUUAGGUGUGGUAUAUACCGAAAGAGAACAGGUUCUGCUAGUAUCUAAAAUAUAUUUCUAUUAUUGAAGCAAAUACCUUGGACUUUACUUUCUUUUCCAUUAAAAGGAGAUGCCACGGCCGAAUAAGCAAAUUUUGGUGCUGGGGCUCGAUGGAUCUGGGAAGACGAGUGUCCUUAAUUCCAUUCUAACCAACAGAGGAAAGCACAGUACAGCACCAACUGAAGGAUUUAAUGCAAUGUGUGUCAAUACUGGAAAUUCAAGAAUGGAGCUUUUAGAAAGUAAGUAA